GACCCCGUGUGCGGCGCUGGGAGAGAGGCUGCAGCGGAGAGAGCAGCAGGGCUAGAGAGGUACAGUCCGCGCCGGCUACCCGCCCAGAGACACUCGCGCCGCCGCCGCUUCCUCCUUACACAGAAAAAUCAGCAUGGAUAAAAAUGAGCUGGUGCAAAAGGCCAAACUGGCUGAGCAGGCUGAGAGAUAUGAUGACAUGGCAGGCUGCAUGAAGUCUGUGACUGAGCAUGGAGCUGAGUUGUCCAAUGAGGAGAGGAAUCUUCUCUCUGUUGCUUACAAAAAUGUCGUAGGAGCCCGUAGGUCAUCUUGGAGAGUCGUCUCGAGUAUUGAACAAAAGACGGAAGGUGCUGAGAAAAAACAGCAGAUGGCCCGAGAAUACAGAGAGAAAAUUGAGACAGAGCUAAGAGACAUCUGCAAUGAUGUGUUGUCUCUGUUGGAAAAGUUCUUGAUUCCUAACGCUUCUCAAGCAGAAAGUAAAGUUUUCUAUUUGAAAAUGAAAGGAGACUACUACCGUUACUUGGCUGAGGUUGCUGCUGGGGAUGACAAGAAAGGGAUAGUGGAGCAGUCACAACAGGCGUAUCAAGAAGCUUUUGAAAUCAGUAAAAAGGAGAUGCAACCAACACAUCCAAUCAGAUUAGGCCUGGCUCUGAACUUCUCUGUGUUUUACUAUGAGAUUCUGAAUUCCCCGGAGAAAGCCUGUUCCCUUGCAAAGACUGCUUUUGAUGAAGCCAUCGCUGAACUUGAUACGUUAAGCGAAGAGUCAUACAAAGACAGCACGCUAAUAAUGCAAUUACUGAGAGACAACUUGACAUUGUGGACAUCGGAUACCCAAGGAGAUGAAGCUGAAGCAGGAGAAGGAGGGGAGAAUUAACCAGCCUUCCAACUUUCGUCUGCCUCAUUCUAAAAUUUACACAGUAGACCAUUUGUCAUUCAUGCUGUCCCACAAAUAGUUUUUGUUUACGAUUUAUGACAGGUUUAUGUUACUUCUAUUUGGAUUUCUAUAUUUCCCAUGUGGUUUUAUGUUUAAUAUUAGGGGAAUAGAGCCAGUUAACAUUUGGGGAAUUUAUCUGUUUUCAUCUGAGGUGGCCAAUAUAGGGUUGUGAAAUUUUUAUACAAGUUUUACAUGUUUGGCAUAGUACUUUUGGUACACUGUGGCUUCCCACAAGGUGGCCAGAGUUAAACAACUUCCUAUGUUGAGCAAAGAAAACUGCUUGAGUAUUGGUCUGUCAUGAUGGGAAAAAAGGGAUAAUCAGUUGCAGCCACAGGUGUAGUUAGUGUGAGUAUUUCAAAGCUGAAGCAUACCAUGGCUGUGGGGGAACAGAUGUCCCAUGGAUAUUGCAUGUCAAGCAUGUGAAAUCCUAUGGAAUAUAUAAUCAAGUGUACAUCUUUGAUUGCAGCUGAAAAGCGUUCCUUAAGACAGUUUUGAUCACCCAGUCAACUUUCUCUAGAGAAGGGCAGAAACGGUUCACAUUCCAUUAUUUGUAAAGUUACCUGCUGUUGCUUUCAUUAUUUUUGCUACACAUUUUAUUUGUAUUUAAAUGGUUUAGGCAACCUAAGAACAAAUGUACAAGUAAAGAUGCAGUAAAAAUGAAAUGCUUGAUAUCCAUAACUACACUGUAUAUUGAGCACAGCAGUAAAACAAAAACCCAUGUAUUUAACUUUUUUAGGUUUUUUGCUUUUGUGAUUUUUUUGAUACUUGCCUAACAUGCAUGUGCUGUAAAAAUAGUUAACAGGGAAAUAACUUGAGAUGAUGGCUAGCUUUGUUUAAUGUCUUAUGAAAUUUUCAUGAACAAUCCAAGCAUAACUGUUAAGAACAUGUGUAUUAAGUUGAUGUAAGUGGAAUAAAAGUUUUAUGAAUGGACUUUUC